AUGUCACUCGGCACCAUAUAUGGCAAGUUAGAAACAUGUAAAGCUUUACCGAUGCCAUACAUGAAACAGCUUUGUACCAAUGUACACUCGGUGAAAACAUUCGUCGACUUACUGAGACUGUUUGUAAAUGUUGAGCAAUUAGAUUUAUCAAUUAAGCUCUCUGUAGAAUUCACAGAUCUCUCAACUUCGAAACAGGGCACAAUUCUUUUUUAA